AGAACAGAACAUUGGGGAGAGAGAGAAACCCGACUGGAGUGUUGGUGGGAGGGAUUAUUCCUAGUACAUCCAUCGCUUUUCAAAGUCUACAAGUCUACAGUUAGGUUAAGCAGUAGAUUCAGGCUCACUCUCAUCAUAGUCUAUCCAAGAGCGCACGGACGGGCACGGGAGCGCACAGCAUCCCAACCGUCGCUCGUACCACCUGAUGAGAAAUAUCUUAGUUCCCAUCCUGAAUCCACACACUGCCAGUUCGGUUGCGCAAACGGUGCGGAGGAGCUUCGGAAAUUUCGUUGAGUUCGUUGGUUUUCUAUUCUUUAAACACCUGACUAAGUUUGACCAUCUGGAGAAAAAAUCGGAUAUCAUUCCAACACCAAUCCAGUUGGAAUUAAAGUUAUGGCACUAUCAAUGCUGCCCAGCGGUUUGCUUUUUCUGUGUCUGACAACUAUCCAUACUUGCCAUGGUGGCGGACAGAACUGCAUGGAUAAACACCAGGUGGUUGGUGUUCUCCGUCAGAUGGAGAAGUUUCUGAAGGGACAGGAGAUGAGAUUCACAGAGGGACUACGCAUCAUGAAGUCAAAACUGGCAACCCUACAGAACUCUGUCUCCAAGUUGCCUCAGGCCGAUCAGUCGGCUGCCCCCUCUGUAUGCCCCUCCCUGGAAGCCCCUGUCCACGGGACAAAGUUUGGCUCCAAGUAUUUCAUCAGUCAUGAAGUCCAUUUCACCUGUUCCCAUGGUUACCAUCUGGUGGGCCCCGGGACACGUGUGUGUCAAGAGAACGGGAGUUGGAGUGGUGUCAAUACUAUCUGUAAAGAUGUGAGUGAGUGCUCCAGUAACCCAUGCCAGAACGGAGGGACCUGUGUAGAGGGAGUCAACCAAUACAAGUGCACCUGUCCACAGAGCUGGAGUGGAUCCAGCUGUCAGCACCAGACACAGACAGCGCCACCUGAGUGGAGCGUCAUGAACGACCCUGCGUUUAGCCGACGACCCCGCUGUGCCAAGGUGGACAGAGCCCAACACUGCAGCUGUGACGCUGGCUUUCACAUGAGUGGCACCUCGGACAACAGCAUCUGCCAGGAUGUGAACGAGUGUGAGGUGUACCGGCUGGACCAGGGGGGCAAGCUGUGUGUGUAUGAGUGUGUCAACGUCCCAGGCUCCUACCAAUGCUCCUGUCCCAGAGGCUACAAGCUGCUGCCUGAUGGAAGGAGCUGUGAGGAUGUGGAUGAGUGUCUGACCCAGCAGCACAACUGCAGUAGAGGAACAACAUGUAUCAACACUGGAGGAGGGUUCCAGUGUGUGAGCCCGGAGUGUCCCCGAUCACACGGCAACAUCAGCUACGUCAAGACGUCUCCCUUUCAGUGUGAGAGGAACCCCUGCCCUAUGGAGAGUCGUUCCUGUCACCUGGCUCCUAAGACGGUCUCCUACCACUACCUCUCCCUCCCCUCCAACCUCCAGACCCCGGCUACCCUGUUCCGCAUGGCGACUGCCGCCGCCCCUGGCCGCCCCGGCCCCGACAGCCUGCGAUUCGGCAUCGUCGGGGGCAACAGCCGCGGGAUGUUCGUGAUGCAAAGGUCGGACCGCCAGACGGGAGAACUGAUCCUGGUUCAGGGGUUACGAGGACCGCAGGAUAUCAGCGUUGAUGUGGAUAUGUCCGAGUAUAGUGAGCGCACCUUCCAGGCUAAGCAUGUGGCGAAGGUGCAUGUUCUUGUGUCGGCGUAUGACUUCUGAGGAGGAUGGACAGAGGAGUGAGAGGGACAGAAGGAAGGAGGAGAGAAAAAAGCAAUGGACAGAGUGAUGAGGAAGUGAAAGGACAGAGGGAGAAGGAGAAGUUAAAAGAAAUGAGAGGGACAGACACAGAAUUGUUUGGACUGACAUUGACUAUAAAGUAUAUUCAUGAGGAUGUAGCUGAAAUUAAUGAAUGAAUGGUUGAGUGAGUUAAUGAAUGUGAGAGAGUAAACAUUUGUGAAACAAACUGACAAAGUGGUAAUGGAAUGGUAAUAUUAUUUUUCUUUCAUUCGCUCAGGAGUUGGCCCCUGGGGUUGCCAUAGUGACCGGAGGCGGCGCUCAUGUAUGUGGAAUGCCAUUGGCUAGAUCUGUUUAAAGGCCCACUCCUUCAUUUACUCCACUUAGUUUUCAUUUAAAGCUGAUGAUCAAAAACGGCUGUAAAUAUCACAGAGUAGUCCUUUAAGAGACAUGAACCCAUGUCUGCGUCCAAAGUGGCACCCUAUUCCAUAUUAAGUGCACAACUUAUUUGUGCACUAUUUAGGGAAUUGGGUGCCAUUUGGGAUGCACACCCUGUAUAACAUGGCUCUGAUUUAUCUGAAUAUUUUGUUUCUGUUGUUUAUUGUUACAUACUCAGUGAUUCAAUGCAGUGUGCUUUUACAAUUUGUAUCAUUUACACCUGUUUUUUACUGACUUGCUUUGUGAUUAUAGGACCUAAACACUUAGAACAACGAAGAGUGUUUUUUCCCCCCAUUAUUAUGAUUAUUUUUUACAAUAGAAACCGUAAUAUUGUACUUGGACAUAUUUCCACUAUGCUCAUAUUCAGUAUGUAAUUAAGAUAUGAUGUAAUUAAUACAUGGUAACUACAGUGAUUUGGCAGCCCUGCCAAUGCAGUGUACAAUAUAUCAGCCAUCUAAUGUUUUAAUAAGUCAUUAUUAUUGCACAUAACUAUUUCUCCAUACAUGAAAUAAAGACAGUCCUACAAUA